AGGGGGUCCAUUGCUCUGGAGGACUACUUGCAGAAAGAAACCCACACUCCUCUUGCUGCUCAUCAACUCUGAGUCAACAUUGGGGGGUUUCUUCCAAACCUCCAUAUAAAUUAGCUCCACAUUCAUCGCAUAGCAACCUGUACAACGCCAAGUUCAUUCACCAAAAGCCUAAUCUAUCUCCCAGUUGUUCUAGGCAUCGGAUCUUUGAUUCUUGAUUUGAUUGAUUUGGAGAGAAGAACGAUUGCAGAAGAUGGGAGGUGAACCAGCGAAAUGGGUGUCGAUGGUGACGGCGAGGACUCCGACGAACAUAGCGGUGAUCAAAUACUGGGGGAAGAGGGAUGAGACAUUGAUAUUGCCGAUCAAUGACAGUAUCAGUGUUACUCUCGAUCCCAAUCACCUUUGUACCACCACUACCGUCUCUGUUAGCCCUAGCUUUGAUCAAGAUCGCAUGUGGCUUAACGGGAAGGAGAUAUCUCUUCAAGGAGGUAGGUUCCAAAGUUGUUUGAGAGAAAUUCGUGCCCGUGCCCAAGAUGUAGAGGAUGAGAAGAAAGGCAUCAAAAUCAAGAAGGAAGACUGGCAAAACCUCCAUCUGCACAUCGCUUCAUACAACAAUUUCCCAACGGCCGCUGGUCUGGCUUCCUCAGCUGCUGGUCUUGCUUGCCUAGUUUUUUCCCUUGCCAAGCUGAUGAAUCUGAAAGAAGAUAAUAGUCAGCUUUCUGCUAUUGCCAGGCAAGGUUCAGGUAGUGCUUGUCGCAGUUUGUAUGGUGGAUUUGUCAAGUGGAUCAUGGGAAAAGAGGACAAUGGUAGUGACAGCCUUGCUGUUCAACUUGCAGAUGAGAAACACUGGGAUGAACUUGUGAUUAUCAUUGCUGUGGUAAGUGCACGACAAAAGGAAACCAGUAGUACCUCAGGAAUGCGUGAUACUGUUGAAACUAGUGCUCUUAUUCAACAUAGAGCCAAGGAAGUUGUGCCGAAGCGCAUAAUCCAAAUGGAAGACGCCAUACAAAAACGUGAUUUCCCAUCUUUUGCACGUCUAGCUUGCACGGAUAGCAAUCAGUUUCAUGCAGUUUGCCUCGACACAUACCCCCCUAUAUUCUACAUGAACGACACAUCCCACAGGAUAAUCAGCUGUGUCGAGAAAUGGAAUCGUGCAGAAGGAACACCUCAGGUGGCCUAUACCUUCGAUGCAGGGCCAAACGCGGUUAUGAUUGCACGUAACAGGAAAACUGCUGCACUUCUGCUCCAGAGGCUGCUUUAUAAUUUCCCUCCACAGUCGGAUACCGACUUAGACAGCUACAUAAUUGGAGACAAGUCAAUACUACAAGACGCAGGGAUUAAUGAUAUGAAGGAUGUGGAAGGUUUGGCCCCUCCCCCAGAAAUCAAAGAUAACAUCCUAAUCCAAAAAUCCAAGGGAGAUGUUAGUUACUUUAUCUGCACGAGACCUGGCGGUGGUCCGGUCGUGCUGGCUGAUGAAACCCAGGCUCUCCUCAACCCACUCACUGGCUUGCCCAAGUAAGAAACAAGCAGAUCUUCGACCUGUUUAUUUCUUUCCUUGUAUGCUUUUUGGAGAUUCGAGCAUUUUAAAAUGAUAUUUGUUUAGAGGAAUGGGAGCUGUGUACUGAAUCCCAUUUUAGGAUCAUUUUAACUGAAUAAAUUUCAGCAUGUAAACUGAUGGUUAUUAUUGUUUAUUUAAAAAGCCAACAGUGAGCCUACUUGAGCUCAAUUUAAAUGCA